CAAAGUUGGGACACUGUACAAUUGUCUGCGUUAUCGUUUCUGAACUGAUUUACAAAUGAAUUUACAAAUUUACAAAUGAACGGAGGCAACAUGGCUCACCUGAAAUUGACCGGCCUUUUUUUUCUGUUGACGCUGGCAUGUCACUUUUUACGUGGACUUCUCGUGUAUGGAGAACCUAUCCAGUAUAGUCGGGAAUUCCUUUUGUUUUUGCAUCGCACCAGCGUAUGCACCGUGGACUCUUCCGCAGUUAUCCCCACAGAGAUCCUCCGGUUGCCGGACCCUUACGCAGGGAACUGGAACCAGGCGCACUGGACGAGGCCGACAGCAAGGAAAAGAGGAAGAUGUGGCGGUGUACGCCAGAGGCUCAGGAGACAGGGACAUAUGCGGAUCCCCCUUCCUACAGUCAUCCUCGCUAAUGUCCAGUCACUCCGGAAUAAAGUUGAUGAGCAUCAGGCAAACGUCAAGUUCCUGAUGGAGUAUAGCAGUGCCUGUCUUCUCGCCUUCACAGAAACAUGGCUCAAGGAGUACGAUUUAAAGUCCGAUCUGGAUAUCGAUGGCUUUGGAGUUCCCUACCGCUUGGACAGAGAUUCUGCAGUGACUGACAUAUUUUUGGAGGCACUCCUGAGAUUGGCAAGGGGCCAGGACUGUGACGGCUGCCAGAACUGGGGGCACUGGGGGUCGGGUUACACAAGCGUGGCCACGCUGAGAGUUAUUUAUCAACAGGAAAUCGCACGGGCACCAGAACCAGAGGACGUCCAACCCCGAGCGGUGGAACCAGGAGACCAGGUUUACAUAAGGGUCUUCAAGAGGAGGUGGAAUGAGCCGAGAAAAGACGAGAACGAGAAGGACCAUAUCGAGUGGUCCAAGCAACACCAACAGCGAUACGAGUAGAGGGCAGCAACACUUGGUACCACCUAAACCACUGCACCAAGGUUCCACAGGGAGCAGGGCAAAGGCCACAGGAGGAAGAAGAAGGAGAUGAUGUUGAUGAUUCAAGUGAACCCGAACCAGCAGGAGUUGAGGGAGAUCAGGGACAUCCCACUCUACCCGAGGGGACACCAUCGCCUGUUGGAGCAGAGUCCCCGGGAGAAGGCACGUCGGGUGUGGGCAUGGGGCAUGGGGCAUGAUGGCGGUCUGUCUGCUGUUGCUCGGUUGGGCGCUAUGGCCGAUGCUAUUAGCCCAAGGAGAGAUGUGGCGGAAGGUGAUGGAGCAGCUUCCGACACCUAGGAACCCAGCAGCCCACGAAAUACAGGAGAGGCACCUUCAGAAGGUGCACUGGGAGAAUCAGACACCUCCAUCCCUGAACAAGAGUUUGCCACCAUCAACCUUGCAGACCUGGACUGGGAGUAAUAUGACUGAACUUUCAUCCAAGAUAAAUGACUUGGGCAGAAGGAAUGAGGUAUGCACAGCAGCACUAUUAGCAGGGAUAUUGCCAUACCGUUUAAUCACUAGGAGACAUAAGGUAACUGUUUUCAUUAGCACAGACAAUCUUGGGGACCGAAACCAAACAUUCUGGUUAGGAAUUAUAGAAGGAGGAAAACGUCGAUUAGAGGUAAAGGCUCGCAGUGAGACAGGAGUGUGCGGCCCACCCGGAAGGAGACAGGUGCAAAAUGGGGAAUAUCAGGUUCUGUGUAGACAACUGAAAUGUAGAAUCGGAAUAGGACUUAGAAUAAACAAAACAGGUAAAAGGUCCCUCAUCAACAGUAAGAGAGAGAGGUACCGUGGAAAUCAAGGGAGAAACAUGGGGACGACUAUGGGACAGAAACAUAGAUAGUAAAGAGUUAGACACUUACAUACCCUGGGACCAAGGGAAAGAGGCUAAGCGAAGAAAAAGAUCUAUAAACCCGAAAGAUACACUUGAGGCAAUAGAUGUGAUAAUUCCGAGGAAAACUAGAUACGAGGUACAAAGGUCCAUCAGAGUACGGUCUCAGGAUGGAAACAACAUGUGCAGUUGGACAAAUGAUGCUCAAUAUGGGCAAGCUAUCUGGUCAGGAGGUACCUGCCAGAUCAGGGUUGUAGAGUCAGGAGGAACAUGGAAGAUAGCGGUUGAGUACGACGGUAGCGUAGAAGGACUGUUUCUUGAAUUAGUCAUUACGGACUAUAAGAAUGGAAGUAAGAUACAACGGAUAGAUUGGAGGCACAGUGACACAGGCUCGGGAGGCACAGAACUAGCAACCAUGAUAACACAGGCUCCAGAAAAAGAGCAGCAAAUGAUGACCCAAAUACCUACAGAAGCACAGCCACUUCUGUUGACACCCAUGAAGGAAGAUGAGAGUCUAGAACCAGUAGCACAAGCCUUGACCACAGUCACGGAAAUGACGACACCCCACACGGAGACCAGUGUAGAAUCAGCCGAAGAGUUAGAAGGAGAUUAUAUGGAAGCAGUUGAAAAAUAUGAUUGGUACAAAUGGGCUCAGUAUACAGCCAAUCAACAUGAGGUAGAAAAUUGUUUGGUGUGUUCACGAGCAGGGCAUGGAGGAAUGGUGGUUGUACCAAUCGAGAAAGGAUGGGAAGAGUGUCUAGAUGAAAAGUUUAGUCUAUGGCGUGGAGGAAUUGAUGAUGAUCGCUACCAUGCUCCAUGUUUUGUCACUUGUCUGUUCUGGUUAGGAAGCUCGAGGAUUCAAACAGAUAUGAAGAAAUAUAACGUAUGCUUAAAUGUAAGGAUACAUUUGGAAGAAGCCGAGGUUACCCUUCCAACACCGGGCUUGAGGAUAAUGGGUAGACAUGAAUGUUUUCAAACACAAGGAACUGUUGAUGUUGUACACUUUCCAAAAUGUAAAACAACUAUCGCUUUGGAUAUAGGAGAGGUAUCUAUAGUUCAAACAGGUACUUUGCAGCUUUACUUUGCUCCAAAGGGAGGGAACCAAAAGCAUUUAUUUGGAGCAAGACCAGGCCAUUGCGGACAUAUUUUGGAUGUGUGGAGGAAGGCUGUUGCACUCAGUGUUGCCACGUGGUUGGUCAGGCACAUGCGCUAGAGUUAGAGUAGCCCAAGAUGUGACCGUAAUACCUCACGUUCAGUUACAAACUAAUGCAAUACAGCAUCUUGAGGGGAAACUGGUGAGGUCACGAAGCAAGAGGUCCUACGUGCCAGAUUCACAGGUUACCAUUGACGCAAUCGGACAACCAAGAGGGAUCCCCAAUGAGUUUAAAGCAAGCAGCGAAAUUAGUGCGGGGUUUGAGUCUAUAAUCCUAUGGAUAGCACCAGCUAAGAAUGCAGAGUGGAUCAAUUACAUAUACUAUAAUCAGCAGCGGUUUAUCAAUUACAUGGAUACAGCCCUGACAGCUCUGGGAGAACAAUUACAAGCUACAAGUAAAAUGACAUGGCAAAAUAGGCAGGCGUUAGAUUGGAUCUUGGCAGAAAAAGGUGGUGUUUGUGUGAUGUCUGGGGAGCAGUGUUGCACUUUCAUUCAGAAUAACACUGCCCCAGAUGGUUCCUUCACUCAGGCUAUGAUCAAGCUCAAGCAGUUGAGGAAGGAAGUGAAAGAUAAUGCAGGCUCAGAUGCACACACAUGGGACUGGCUGGAAAUGUCAUUGGGUCAGUGGCGCACUACCUUGACCAAAGUAGGGAUUGUGAUAGGGAUAGUAUUAGCUGUGUUGGCAGUAGUGGCGUGCUGUGUGAUCCCUCUGCUUAGAGCAUUUUUGACCAAGACUGUUGUAUCUCAAAUGCCUUUAAGGGCAAUGGACUCUGCUGCUAGUGACCUGGAAGUUAUUCCACUACAGGGUCACCCUGGACAGUACAUGGACAAGUAUGGAAACCCCUGCAAUGCUAAAGGGAGACCCCUGAACUGCCCAUAUGGAAACCCAGACUGUGAAUGGUCGGUCAGAGCAGGGGCUGGAUGGGCGUGUAUUGAUUACUAUCAGAACUCUAUGUCAGCGGGUAACGUUGCUGUGGUGGUGCCAGUUGUGAACGGCAAGAUGUGUGACAAUCCUGUGAUAAAUUGUAGUGUGAUUAACCAGGGCUAUGAGGAAAUGGAACUUCAGGCCUGACUAGGCCUAAAACAUUACCCCUGCCCUUACAGAGGAGCAUGGUGCCGAUAUUGUAGUAAGGGGUAUCGACGAAAAAUCAAUGGGAAAGUGUUUUCAGAUGGUCAUGAUCAUUAUCCAGAACCUUAUGAUUGUGCAUUAUGUCAAAGGGGGGACUGUCUAUAUUGUGCUGAGAAAGAUUGUGCUCCAGCUUAAAGAAGGUUAAGGACACCUAUGUGGCUGGUAGCCAACUUAGUACGGGGAUACUCACAGCCGGAGUUGAUGGUUUUAUUACUUUCUUUUGUUUUUAUAUCCUUUGUAUAUUCCUGAUUGAAGUGAUAUUCAUUCAAAUGAUGCAUGAUUCAUGUUAUGCAAUUUAUACUCAUUGAAUAAUUGUAAUCGUUUGAAGACAACACUAUUGCAAGGCUUCAAGAAAACCGUAUGUAACCCGCCUAAAAAAAGGGGUUAAUCAGUAAAUUGUAUUUAAUUAUUAUCAUUAGUUAUCCAUACUUUAUGUUUAUGAGUAAUGGGGGUUUUAUUUAAAAAAUAUAUAUAUAUAUUUUGUGGGAAACCGGAUGUAGCGCGCAAAAGUACUUCCAUUAGCUUAACAUCGCUAAAAUCUGAUGGAGCACUGCUUCAGGUUCUCCCGCGAGAACCCGAAGCAGAAAACUAAAAAGAAAACUAAGAAGAAAAGGUAUGAAAACCUGUCUGUUUUGCUGACAGUUAAAUACGAAGUUUGUUAUGUAAACAACUGUGUAUUUGUUUUAGAAGUUGGAGAGCCAUCCAGAAAUCGCUUUUAUCUGUCCUGGUUCUCAUACUGGAAAUCCUCUCUUGGUAAGCUAAAGUGUUCAAUGAUUGCGUGUGUGGAAGAAACCACGAGGUGGCCAUGCUAGCUCCAAUUAGCGAUUAUUCAAACAUUUUUGUUGUUUUGAAGGAAUGUAACAUUAUAAUAGACAUUUAUUUCAUGGUUUAAGGAGAAAUGUAAACUAAUUUGGCAUGUAUUACAAAAAUAUGUUUCGUAACAUUUUGCUUUGUGGUAUAUAUGUGACUAAAGGUUAAAGUUACAUCCAGGAGAAUAUGAAAUAUCAUUUUAAGUUAUUUAAAGUGGUUCAAUUAGCAAAUGCUGUAAUUCAUAUAAAUGGCUUUCAAUUUAAAACUGUAUUUCAUUUAUUUUGAUUUUAAAAUCUAAAGGAAAUCCUAUUGUAAAAAGGGAUUAAAAGCAGAGAAAGAGAGUUCAUUAGUACAAUGUGUCUAUAAUUGCAUUUCAUUGAAAUGACAUAAGGUUAAAAUGAUAUAUUCUGACUUUAAUAGUUAAAAUAGCUAUUUUCUUCAUGUGAACUAUGCUAUGAUAUUUUCUGAACCUUCACCACAGCAUCCCGGAAGGCUGUGGUAGGAUUGUGUCAGUUCAACAAACCGGCACCAACGAGAUUUCUCUUUCGAAUACUUACCCUUGACUUUGACUAUCCCCCUUUGACUAACUGACUCGAACUCUGGAUUGAACUCUGGGAUCCCUAAGAAGAAACACUUUCAGAAAGGACAUUUUAUUUUAAAUGUAUUCUGGGCCCAUAGGUAGUGUGCACACAAUUGUUGUGAAGUGCUUGAAAUAUUUUGUUGAACUAAAAAGUGUAUAUAUUUCAAACUGUUACAUCUGUGUACUGCUUGGUUAUUACUGAACUUCUCAGCUCCUACGAACCUAGGGUGUACAUACUCUGAGAGGGUUACACGUAGCACAUGCUUACACUCACAUUUGAUUAAUUGAUCAAAAGGGGCAGGAGGUCUUAUACUUCCUCUCAGUCAACAGGGAGGAAGAGGUUUGGCUUCCUGACCCUCUGGGAUGAUGAUUGACAGAAGGGAUUGUUUUAG